AUGGCCUCCAGAACUGUAAAGUCUCAGUCUGAUAUUUCAGUAAUGAAAACUUCAGACGAUGGCACUUUCAAACGCGCACCCUCUUCGUUCCGAAAUGUUAUCGAAAAAGGCGGGAAAUUUGAACCAGAGCUUGAUCGCUACCAUCUAUAUGUUUCCUACGCAUGUCCCUGGGCAACCCGAACCUUGAUCGUCAGGAAGCUUAAAGGACUCGAUAAUAUAUCUCCUGUUACCGUUGUCUCACCCCGUAUGGGUACGGACGGUUGGCCUUUUGCCACUGCAGAUCAGUUUCCAGGCGCAGAUGCCGAUCCUUUGUACAAUUCUCAGCAUGUGAAGGACCUGUAUCUCAAGGCCGAGCCGAAUUACGAGGGACGGUACGCCGUUGACUCCUUGUUCUAUUCACCGUGCCUGUCCCUCUGGGACAAGAAAUUACAGACCAUCGUGAACAACGAGAGUUCUGAAAUUAUCCGAAUCUUCAACACGGCCUUCAAUGACAAGCUUCCGGCGGACAAGGCGGCUCUUGAUUUUUAUCCUGAGUCCCUACGAGCUGAAAUUGAUAGUCUCAAUGACUGGAUUUAUCCCACGAUUAACAAUGGCGUUUAUCGGUCUGGAUUUGCUACAACUCAGGCUGCCUACGAAGAUGCGGUGUACAAAUUGUUCGAAUCCCUCGAUAAAGUUGAAAAGCUUCUCACCGGGAAGGACUAUAUUGUUGGAAACCAACUGACGGAAUGCGAUAUCAGACUAUGGGUCACCAUCAUUCGAUUUGACCCAGUGUACGUCGGCCACUUCAAGUGCAACAUCAGGACCAUCCGCGAUGGAUAUCCUGCAAUCAACGCGUGGAUGAAAAGGCUGUAUUGGAACAAUGACGCUUUCAAGUCUUCCACAAACUUUGAACACAUCAAGACGCACUAUUAUUGGUCGCACCCUCAUAUCAACCCUACGCGUGUCGUUCCUGUGGGACCCGACCCCACUAUCCAACCUUUGUAA